AAUGUAUAGUUAUUGCGCAAAUGUAGUGUGGUUAUCUCUUUGUGACUGUUCCUCAUCUUUAUAAAGAACAUUGUGAUAUAUGGUUUGUGGUACUACGUGACGUUUAUUUCGUGCGACCAUAAGUGCGACAUCUGACUUACAAAAGCUGGCAACAGGAAUGUGAAGACAGUUUGUGUGGCAGAAAUCGUAAAUCUCACUGUGUGAUAAUGUGUUCGCAAUUAGUAUAUGUGACAUUAAUGUCUGAUCUGAGGAGAAAGAGAAACUAUGUACCAGAGACUGGAACUUCGGCAGAUAAAUCCUGUGAUUUGAAGUUCUCGAGUGAACUUUGUUUCGAGACCGGUAAAGAUGAUAUAAAAAAAAGAAUAUGAAGGUUUUCCUAUCUGCUGCAAACCCUGCCGCAGCCGUAUGAAGACAGUUUUGAAGAUGUAGUUCAACAAACGAGGAAAUUACCUUGGUUUUCACUUGUGCAAAGCCGGACAUAAAAAUAUGGCAUUAUUCUGUCUUGCGCUGUUAUACCUGUCAGCUUUUGCAAGUGGAACUGAUAUUUUUAAUUAUGAAAGCACAUUAACAUUGGCUGAGCAGAAAAUUUCUGAUGUUUCAAACAAGGACGGCUCAGGAAGAGCUGUCAAAUCAAGAAGAAGUGCAUCUUCCAAAUAUUAUGUCAUACCUGACGCAACAACUGCCUCUUCCCAACCAUUAACUAGCAUUUUUACUCCUGAUUUGUCAUUAAAAACAAGCACACCACAUACAUCACGUUUUUUCCAUUCUAUUAACAGGAGUCACUCAGGAAUACUGGUGAGGUCUGUUAGUAGGUACAACAGUGGUGUUCAAUCUACUCCUUCACCAUACACUACUCCAAACACACAUGAAGUACCUUCACUCUUGCCUCAUAUGAGAAAAUUCUUUACACCUCCACUUCCUCCAGAAUAUUCAAAUCCAUUUGCUGACAAACCAACUUUACGAGGCAGUUAUUCUGAUUCAGGUUCAUCAAACAGACGUCCAAUUCCGCCACCUCCGCGACCCCCUUCAAACAGAGAACGAAUUCCAGAUAGACCUCCAGACCUUGUUCCAUUGGAGAAGGAGAGGUCAUCUCCCCGAGACAAAAAGAAGCCUCUGAAUACACCAAGUUUCAACCGACCCCCAGAAACCCCUUUUUCUGAAGUAAGCAACAGCAAUUUCAAUGUACGGCACAAUAAUGAAUCGGAAUACGAAACUGUUCCCAGUUUACAUUCUCCAAGUGUUUCACGUAUAUUGUCUGGAAGCAGUGGCCGAAAACCAAGUAACCCAGGAAUUAUUAUAAAGCCAAAUACAGAAUCCAAAGCCCCUCAGUUACCAGGUAUAUAUCCAAGAACAGAAACAAGUUCUGUUGAUGUACAACAAGGCUCAGAAAAUAUUGCGCUAAAGCCCAGCUCUAAUCAAUCACUAUUUUCCAAAUCAGAUUCCACAGAUACUAAAGAGAAACAGACAGGAAUUUCUGGAGUACAGGAUACUGUACCAGCAGAUGCUGACUUAGCUGUGGAUGAGCGUAGUACAAGACGUGAUGAAGAGUUACCAGAUGAUCAACAGCAGCCUCCUAAAUCUGAUGAUCGUGGGAUUCAUGUGGCUAUUUCUCCAAGUACACCAGCCCACAAAGAUCUUCGUGGCAAAUGGGGUGUUGCAUGGGAUGUUCAUGUGUAUCUUACUGGAAGCCUCUUUACAGUGCUUAGUAUUUGCUCAUUCAUCAACAUUGCACGUGCAAAUUCGUGUAGACGACUGCUUUCAUAUGGCUAUUUUGUGUCAUUGCAUGCAUUACUGUUUGUAGUUGGUAUAUUGCGUAGUGUAUAUCUGUUUUAUGAUGGGUACAAUGUGAAUAAGUCUUUUCCAGAACCAGUUUCACUUUUGAUGUUUCACAUUGUUUCACCUUGCAUCACAUCUGCAUUUUUAGUACUUUUUCUCUUCCUCCUCUUAACUACAAAGGUCUAUGUAUUUGGUGUUUAUUUGCAGAAACCUACAGUUAUUGCAAUUUUUAUAAUUGUGCAUAUUGUUUUGUGUGUUAGUUUGGACCUUGCAUCUGGCUUUUCUCCAGAAUCUUUUCUAUCUCUGAUUUGUCAGUGUUUGUUUGUCCUUAUAUGUGUGUGUGUUGGCCUGGCAUAUUUGUACUCAUACAGGAUGUUAGUCAGGUCUGCAACUCGUAAAAUGGAUAGCUCAUUUGGAAACAAUUUCACAAAUAUUCAUCACCCAACGCUAUCUAUAGCAAUACGUUUGACAUUAGCUGCAGCACUAUUAAGUUUGCUGCUGUCAGCUGCCCAUUUGUAUGGGAUAUUUGGUGUUGAUGACAAUUUAGAGUGGGAGGGUAAGUCUCUUCCUUGGCUGCGAUGGGGUCAUCAGUUUUCAGUUCGGGUAAUAGAGAUUGCGAUUUGCUUCUUACUGCUGAGUGCUGGUGUUCAGCCUAUGCGCCAGGAUCGUGCUGAAGCUGCAAAAGGGCAGCAAAAUUCAGGCCUUGCACUAUUUCGUUGUCGUCAGUGCACUAAUACGACCCAGAGUAAUGAAACAGCUGAUGACAUUUAUCCGGCUGUAUGUGUAACAAAUCAAGCUAUUCAUGACUAUACUGUUCGUACAGGGAAGAAAGUUUAUGAUGAUUCAUUCCCAUUAAACAAUCUUCACACCAGUUUCUCUGCUUCAGAAUCUGGUUUUUCUGUCUCUACCUCAGAACGUAGGCUUUUGAGAAAGUCAGGCUAUGUUCCACAUGAGGCUCCAUUUCCAGUUACAGAAGUGGGAUCUACUGAGAGGAGAUCUGUCAAGAAAGGUCCAGUAUUUACAGGAGAAAGAGCGGAGUUUGAUAUUCCUUUCUCAACUGUUGAAGUUAGGCGAUCAUUGAAGGGUAGUGGGACUCUUGCGAGACAUAAUGUGAGACGACCAGAACCAUCAUUUAAAUGUAGCUCGUCAAAUGAUGGACAGGCGCACAAAACUUCAGGGAUUAUUGAGUCACAAUAUUGUGGUGCGCCAGUGAGUUCUGAUGUCCGUCGUUCAGUGAAAAAAUCGGGUACACUUGUGUCUCUAAACUCUGAAAGGCGAACUCCUGUACAUCAGCAUAGGAAUGUGUCACAAACAUUGUCAUCAGCAAGAGAGAGAAUAUCCCCUUCAAUGUUAGUGGCAGAGAAUGGGUUUGUUAGGUUCCGCACUUUAGCAGACACAGAAUUGGAUCCAAGUGAAAUGGUACGUAGAUAAAAUGUUGGAGUGUGGAAAAAGAGAUUGUUUUAGAUUGUAUGUUAAAUGUCUAUUUGAUGUUGUUUAAAAGAGUGCUGCUGAGCACAUAACUGCAGUCUGUCGUGUCUAUAAGAAUAAUCAGAUCUGUACUACUCAAACUUAUUGCUUGUGGCUACUGCCACUUCACUUGGUUUCUUGUAUGAAACUGUGUGUUGGAGCAGUAAUGAAACUGUUAUGCCACACAUGGUUUUCUGUAGAAAACGUGAUUUCUUGCUCUGUAAAUCUCUUUUAGACUGCCAUAUAUUGUUUUUAUUGU